UGAAUGGGAGGAUUCGCUUGGUGCCGACGUUCAUCCCAAAUCGAGAGGAAAUCGUAUACGUCUCGAAAGUUGAACCUGGUUGGUUCAAGUAUAUACAGUGGCAUGACGGCUGCCAGACACUUUAGUAGCACUUGAGCCGUCGUUCCGAGAGCAUCGUUGUCCGUCUCUGGAGCUCGGGGUGAGGGAGUGUUUUCCGCGGUAGUUUUCACCGGAUGUUGGGACACCAUUUGGCACCCUCACUAUUGUUGCUUCGUAAGUGGGUGGAUUGUGGUUUUUUGUUUUGAGUUGGGGGUCCUUGAUCUUAUUUCCUUAGUUUUUUUUUUAUUUUGUCCUCCUAGUGCGGGACCGUACUCACCUGUCAGGAUGUGGUAAUUGGUGGAUAAUUUUAUACUUUUUUUCGGGAGGUGUCUAAUGAAUUCCAAUUACUUAUCGGUGUGGGCAGAUAUUACUGGGUGUGGUUUGGAAGGAGUGUGAAUCUCGGUACUGAUAGGAAGACACCAGGCGCGUUGGAUGGCGUAGGAUAUUUAUCCCCUUGUUAAAAAGGAUAAUAGAAUUAACAGAGCUGCCCUAGUCGGAUAGCAACACGUUUUAGUGAACGGGAAAGUUGAUUUGUGAGGUUAAUGGUUGGGUGUGUUUUACCUGUUGCAUAUGCAUGAAACUUAUCGUAACGCUAGAGCGGAACCGGAUAUUGAAGUGAAUAAUGGGAUGUAGUUUUUUCCCACUCUACGAGUGUUAAAAAUUGUGGUUGAAUCCCGAAUUGACGUGAUUCCUUCUUCGGAGUAGAACCAUUCAUCGUCCCGCUGGUGGUUGCCGACAAGUUGGCAUAAAUGUAGUGUGGGUUAUGUGAGACUUCCUCGCUUCUAUUUAAUCUCGGCAUUUCCGGAUGUGAACGGAACUGAGUGUGAUUUAUGGGCGCGUAACGGGUGCGGUGUUUUAUGUUUUAUGGAGUUCCAAACACAUGGUCCUCGAAAAGGAGCAACGGAAACUGUCGUGAAUUAUUGUUAACGCAAAACCAUUGCCAUCCCAGAAAACGUUGGCGUGUGUGUGAUUUAUUGGGAACCGAGUGCUGGCAAAACAACCGGUGUGGGCCCCCUUCAAAAUGGUUAACGAAAACUACACUUCCCUGGCUGUUGCAGCUUCGGCUGCUUCCGGUGUUGCCGCUUUCACCAAUGGAACCAUCUUUCCGACCACGACAUCCGCCUACGGUAUGUCCCGGGAGGAGGAAGAAGAAAUCGAAAUGAUUGUUUCGCGCAUAGUGCCAAUCUUUUUUGGACUCAUCGGAAUCACCGGGCUGGUCGGAAAUGCCCUGGUCGUGCUCGUGGUCUUGUCAAAUCCGUCGAUGCGCUCGACUACCAAUCUGCUCAUCAUCAACCUAGCGAUAGCGGAUUUGUUAUUCGUGAUCUUCUGUAUCCCAUUUACGGCCACCGAUUACGUGCUCUCGAGCUGGCCAUUCGGUGAUCUUUGGUGCAAAAGUGUUCAGUACUUGAUAGUGGUAACGGCUCAUGCCAGCAUCUAUACUUUGGUGCUGAUGUCGCUGGAUCGAUUCCUGGCGGUGGUCCAUCCGAUUGCCAGUAUGGUCAUUCGCACCGACAAGAACGCUAUCUGGGCCAUCCGGAUACUUUGGGUACUGAUCAUUACAACGGCGCUUCCAGUCUCAUUCGCUCAUGGAGUCAAUAAGUUCCAGUACCAAGGCCGGAAUCUGGCCUCCUGCACCUUCCUCGAGAACGAGCAGUUCAGCCGCGUUGCCUUCCACAUAGCGUUCUUUUCCAGCUCCUACGUGGUCCCUCUGGUGCUGAUCGUGGCCCUGUACGUGAGCAUGCUGUCCCGGCUGUGGCGAAGUUCCGUCGGAGGACGUUCGGCCGACUCGCAGAAGAGCAAGAAGCGCGUCACCCGGCUGGUGGUGGUGGUCGUUGCAGCAUUUGCCUCUCUCUGGUUUCCAAUACAGGUCAUUCUGGUGCUGAAGAGCGUGGGUGUGUUUGUGGCAGACACGUACUUCAAGAUUUCGCUACAGAUAUUUUCCCACGUACUGGCGUACACCAGCUCCUGCAUCAACCCGCUGCUGUACGCGUUUCUUUCCGACAACUUUCGGAAAGCUUUUCGGAAGAUCGUCUACUGCGGACCCGGAAGUCGUCGCCAGGGCAGCAACCGACACAUGCCACUGCCAACGAAAACGACGCGAACCGGAAGCUGCCAGGGUCAGGACAUUUUAUAACCGGAAAUGGAGCAAACGUCCGUUUCGUACUUUUAGAAAGUUCGUCAUCGCCAUCGUCAUCGUCGUCACUCACCAUUUGCUGCCAUCACCAUUAUCAUCAGCAUCGUCAUCAACGCCAUCAGAGUCAGCAUCAAUCGCUGCGCCAUCACCGCCAUUCAAGUCGUCGUCGUCGUCGACGUCGACCUCUGCAGUUGGACCAUUCAUCGGUAAUCUACCCGAAUCUGCAACGCCAUCAGCGAAAAUCCACGUUCCGGAAGAUUUGUCUUGCCGGGAACGGCGUCAACGAUGCCAACGAUGCCGUCGACCGGUGUUCCAAUUUCGUCGGCCAGGUUUCCUAGAAAAAACAACGCGAUUGCAAAGUCCAUUUGAGCGAGUAAUUUUCGGGAAAUGGUGCCAUUACCGCGAAAUUGCGUCCGGUUGCUACUUGGUCCCAUCGUCAUCGAUCCGGAACUGCCCCAGAAAGUUACUCGCUCCAACUAACCCAGAUAAGUUUAUCCACCCGCAAUCAGCGUCGUCGUUCCGAAGGAUAGCCUGCAGCAGCCAGGCAGCCAGGCAGCCAGCGGAAGCCAAUCACCGCCCGCGAAUCGAGGAUAAGUCUCUGGAGCCACCCGCCAGCUUAUGGUCGGAAAAGUCCUAAUUAUCCUACCCGAGUGGGAGCCUGGAGGUGUGGGUGGAGAAAGCCGAACCGUUUCGAGAGGAUGGGGCCGCGGAAGUGGUGGCUCGUGCUUCAACUUUUGCCGCAAGGAAUGCUCCGGAAAACCGGUGGCAGCAGCAGCCAACAUUUGGUGAACCUAGGAGAUCCUGGAAGGUUCGGAUUUGGUGGCCUCCCCGGGCCAUUCAUCAUCGGACGGGUAGAAUGGACCGAACGAAGAAAACAGAAAAGGCAAAGAAAAACUUUGCCCAUUUGCCCCAUCGCUAAGCAGGACCGAAUUGGCUGUAAAUACACACUUUUCUACUUGAGAUGCAAAUGGACCCGGAUUUCGGACGGUAAGAAGCAGAUAAAUAAUUAAAACGAGCGAUGAGAGAGAUAAAAAAAAUAAAAAAAAAAACAGAAGAAAAAAUGCCAGAGAAACAUCGAAACUUACGUACCUAGAUAAGGCAGGCAUAUUCGAGGGAGGUCAAGUAAAACAAAAUUACACUGAAUCUGAGAUGGUUGAGAAAAUGUUUCAAAAAUCUGACAAAGUCAACAAAUAAAAUGAUAAAGUUAUCUAAUAAGCUUGUAGAUAGAUAGGUUUAUUUUGGAAUUUCUCUUUUAAACAAAAAAAAAAAGUGGAGAAAGAUUUACAAUAAAAAACAUAUGAAAAUCUAACUUUGAUGAAAGAUCGUAGUGAAAUCAUUUUUAUACUGUCAUACUUUUGAAAAAUUAGAUAAAAGAAAACAUGAAAUCAAAAAUAUGGUAAAAAAAAUCCGAAAAUUUAAAACCACUGUACUAUAGAAACAAAAAUUAAACUAACACCGACCUGUUGAUAGCUGUUUUAUGGUAGCGAUAGUUUAGAGAUUAGACUUUCUAACCAUAAUCAUGUGGAAAAUUUUGUAAUAAAACGAACCUGGAACACAUUUAUUAGAGCCUAAUUCAUAGCAAAGUUAAAACUAUAAUUGAAAUAUUUAUGAUUGAUGUUGAUGUAGUAUGUUCAGAAAAACAAAACCAGUACCUUAUGGUUAGUUUAUUUUUGGGGAAAUAAAUUUCGGCAGCAGAAUUUCCUAGCAGAUGUGUACAUAGCGGCAAGGGAGAGGCAGAACAUUAAAGAAAAUAUGAAAAUAUUUUAUUACUCCAGAAUCAAUAUAUUUUGUUGAUGUUUACAGUAACUAGCGUAGAUGUUACGGCAACAGUAGUUCAAUCGAGGGAAAAAAAUGCAAACUUGAUUCCGAUGAGCCCCGAGAUUUUGCAAACCUUCGAUGGAGCUUCCGUAAUUUUCAAUUUGCCUUCGUUUGUCCUUGUUUAAUUAUUUAUUUAGUCUAUCCCAACCAACAAUUUCACUUUGAUUGGAAGUUUUCAUUAUCGACAUCCUAAUUAAAAUAGCACAAAGUAGGUCCGUUAAAAAGUUGAAAAAAAAAUAAAUUUGAAAGUGAAAUGAUGGCAAAAAAGCACGCUUGGUUUGGUAAGGUAAAUUUGAAAUAUUGCAUAUUAUACAAACCAGAUACGUAGUUAUCGACUUGGACUGAUUUGCGUUGCACAACGCACAUGAUGAAGAAAAAUAACAAAAAAGUUUGUUUGUUGGUUUCCAGUUUUAAUUGAAUUCGAUCCAUUACCGUUUCAAUUUGAUUACCUUCGUUUUCAACACAGUGAAAAUAAAAAUACAAAAAAUUAUGUUGGUGGAUCAUUGGCCGAAUAAACGUCGGGCUGAAGUUACGGCAGUCGAAGUGGACAUUAGGUCAAAUGGACGUUAAUCCAACAGGACACUCUGUUCAAAGCACGUUAGACUAAGAUUGUUAGAAUUUUUUCAGCACAUAUCCGGGUCGGACAAAUCCGAGCAAUUUAAUAUAAAAACCUGGCAAAAUCCGAGCAUUUGAUUCCUUAUUUAACGAUAAAAAAUCUGGGCAAUAUCCGGGAAAAUUUUGUCAAAACCUAGAAAUUACUCAACACAAAUUGAAAAAAAAAUGUUUUUUCUUCAAAACUCAUCGACAGAUUUAAAUUCAUAUUUAAGGCUUUCCUUUUAUGAUUAUUUUUGAAAAAAAAUUAAAAAAUCGGAAUCCGAAAAAUCUCGCACCAUUACGUUAAACCAAUAUGGAUCACUAUGCUGAAUGCACGUCAUUCCGAUCGGAUUUUAGGCGAGUGGAUCUUUAGUCCGAAUGAACAGCAAGCCCAAUAAACGUUUGAUUAUGUGGAUCGAUCGACCCAAUUGUUUUUUUAUUUUGAGAUUUGAUCUUUUGAACGAUUGAAUAUUAAAAAAAUGGGACCGACGCCCACUGGCUCUGCUGUUCAUUCGGACUAACAUUCGACAGGGUGAUGAUGAUCAUUUUAUUCAUCGUGAAAAUUUGAAAAAAAACCUGAAUCAGUGAAAAGAUUUAUUACUGUGUUGUUCUUCGUGAGACUCGAAUGUUUCUUCAAAAUUAAAUAUCAACAACGCUCAAGUUUCAAAAAUAAAUUUCAACAACUCACAAGUUUAUUUUCCACUUUAAAUUUAUCGAUGCAAAAAGAAAAUUUCAAGCUCCUUCCUUCUACAUCGGGCCGACUAUCCGAUUUUCAAUGGCUACCACAGGUAACAAGUAAACUGAGUAAAGUUAAAAGUGUAUUUGGAUAGCUGAUUAAAUACUCUGAUGCAAGCGUGGAAUAGCAAUCAGCAAGCUCUCGAUGCGGGGUCUGGCACAUGGGUUUUAUUUAUUUCGGGAAACGUUUUAUUCCGAGCUAAAAUUUUUACUUAUGA